CAGGAAACACGAGGGCGUGUUACGCAGUCCAUUCGCUAAUUGGCCGGGGACUUUGCAAGUACCAAGUGGUGGAAGAAGAGCAGUCCUCCCCUUUCGGAUUUGGGGUGGGGGAGCAAAAAGAGCGAACAUUUGGGAAAGUUGCGAUUGGCGAAGGCCGAGGGGAGGGGCGGGGAGCCUUCGGCGGGUCUCCGGAGCCGCGCUACGGUUCUGUCUCCGCUGGGCGCUGAUUGGACCUCUGGGUUGUUGCAUCACCUCAGAAGGCGGGGCCCUCCCCAAUAAAUCCUGAAAGCCGGGGCUGAGGCUGCAGUAACUUUAGCUGCAGUUUACGCUUGUGUCUCUGUGAAGAGGCGGAGACCGUGAGUCGAGUUCUGCGGAGGACGUCGUCGCAGUUGCAGCGUCUCGCGCUCGCUGCCUCCGCUGCCGCCCCGAGAAGGAGACGGACCCUUCCACGCCCUCUCCACCAGAGAGAUGUCUGCUCCAGCACAGCCACCUACACCAGGAGCCCCAGAAGGGGGUGCCCCAGGAGGGGGUCCACCUCCUAAUACAACUAGUAACAGGCGGCUUCAGCAAACACAGGCACAAGUGGAGGAGGUGGUGGAUAUCAUGCGUGUGAACGUGGACAAGGUUCUGGAAAGGGACCAGAAGCUGUCCGAAUUGGAUGACCGUGCAGACGCCUUGCAGGCGGGAGCAUCACAAUUUGAGAGCAGCGCUGCCAAGCUAAAGAGGAAGUACUGGUGGAAAAAUUGUAAGAUGAUGAUCAUGCUGGGAGCCAUUUGUGCCAUCAUCGUGGUAAUUAUUGUAAUCUAUUUUUUUACUUAAUGUAUCACCCCCUCCUUCAUUCCCUGCCCCCACCGGAACUCAUACCCCUUUCCCACUGUUCACUUCCCCCAGCAGGCCCAAUCCAUCCACCUUGUCCUUACCCAGGCUCCUUCAUUUCCUCUUCUUUAGUUGCUUUGGUUUGUACUUAAACCUCCCCACACUGGACAUGCUGGGGGUGGCUGCAUUCUCACUCCAUGAAGCACGAGUAGCCAGUGUUUGGCCCCUCCCCUUCAGAAAACACUCGUGCCCAAACCACAGGAAGUGGAGUAGAGGUCAAGGGAAAAGCAGGUCAGUUAAGAUCAGGUCCAGAGGAAGCUGCCCAGGUGGGAGCAGGGACUGCAGGGGCCAAGGCAGCCCAGUGUGAGGAUUGGUGAGACCCUAGGGAAAUGGCAAUCCCCUCACAGCCACCCUCACCGUGCCUCUUACUGAAGCCUCUUAAUGGCUCUGCAGCAAUACCAGGUGGAAAAAACUUGGCCUGGAUAAUGACCAUCCUGGGCCAUCAGAAAUCACAGGAGUGGUUUUGGUCCUGCAGCAGUAUAGCUUUAUUACGAAAGAUGCUUUGGGCCGGGGGCAAUGAUAUGAUGCAGGGUCUGAUCAUUAUUUUUUUAAUUAAGUACAAUACUUGUAAGCCUAGAGGACCUCUAGUUGUGUCCACUCCCAGUGUGUUCCUGGUGCGUGGUGUUUUUAGAUUUCCCUUCCUCCCUUGCUGCUGCUGCUGCUGCUGCCACCUUCAGUCUGGCCCAGGAUCUGCCAGUGCUUCUGGUGCUGCCAUUCUGUUUACCACAGAAUUGGUAGCUUUGGACACUUUUCCCUUUGACUUAGAAAAUAUUGGCACUAUUUUGCUCACUGUCUGCUUGCCAUUUAGAAGUGGUACCUAGAGGUUGGUAAGAUGUCAGGUCAGUUCUUAAUAGAGAAGUCUAAUAGUGUGUGAAGGGACCCAAAAAUAUCCUUUGCCGUCAGAAUUUGGGACUGUUGUUUAAUCUUAGUCAUUGUAAAGAUACUGAAAAAAAUGUGCCCUGGGAACUUAGCUGAGGGUAAGGUGUGAGGUAGGGGACCUCAUUCAAGAGUAACAAGUCAACAAGCAUUUAUUAAGCACCUCACCUCCUAUGUGCCAGGCACUGCUAAGCACUGGGGGUAAAAACAGUCCCUGUCUCCUCAAGGAGUUCAUUUCCUAAUGGGGAAGCCAAUAGAUGAACAACUAAGUAUCUAUAAGUCCAUACAAAAUAGAAGAUAGUCUCAGAGAGAAGGCACUGGGGUGGGAGCUGAGGAAGGAGGAGGAAUGGGGGGGAGGAGAAAGUGGUAGUUAAGAAGGACCAGGAAAAGCUUCCUGAUAAAGAAGGUCACCAAGGUUUGGUUGGGAUAAAGUAGCCUCUUUAUAGUUGAUGGUUUAUUUCUCCUUUCCUUUUCAUAGCAGGAAGGUAGAGGUCUGGGAAUUGGAGGUCUCUGAUACCUUGGGAAAGUCCUUUCUCAGCUCUGCCCCAUUGUCAUACCAAAGACAGGGAUGUGGUGAUAGGCCCAGCCUAGAACCAUGACUAUAAGACUUUUCAGGGAAGUCUAUUGUAGAUGCUAGACCAGUGUCUUCCUUUUGUGGGUGUCUGCUGUAGCUAUUAGCUGUGUGGCUGUGCUGACAUUUAGGUUUUCUUCCUCCAGAGCCAUCACUUUGCCACCCUCCUUACCAUUUAGUACCUCUUCUCUCUAAGUCCACCCUUUACUCACCCCUUCAUGCUAAUUUUAACUCUCUUCUUUCCUUCUGUAGUGCUUGGGUUUAUUGGCCCAGGCAGAGGGAUCAUAACUGUGUCCAGUUUUCUGACUGUACCAUAGGGAUUUCCUUCUAGCUUUAAGACAGGAUGCCAAAUGAGACUCUUCCUGGGCAGGUACAACCGUGACCUCUUUUCCCACUCAUGUAUAGUCAAGCAAAGGGAGUAUAGGGCUUGGGGCUGCAUGUUCACCUUCCAUGCACCACCAUUUUAUUUGCAAAAAAAAAAAACACACACACCCUUCCCCAACCCCUGCCUAUUCUCAUAUUCCCUUUGUCCUGCCCUGUGGCGGGACUGAAGAGCUAGAAGGAAGCAAUGAGUGUACCCUCCCAACGUCUCCCCCAAGAAGGUCUCCACUACCCUCUGGGCGCCUUCCUCUCUUGGGGGGACACCGCUGGAGAAGAACCACCACUGUCCUCGCUGCCUCUAGAGCCAGGAACAAACCAGCCCCCUGGGCUCACUAAGCCCCAGCCUCUUCAUCACUUUAAGCGCUUUGUAAAAGGAUUUUGCACUCUGGGUUUCUUCUGUGGCUUAAGAGCUCCCUUUCAGUGACCAGAAUAGAUUCUCUAAGGUUGGCUCUAUUUGGAGGGGUUGGGGGGUGGGGGAGGAUGUCUUCCCUCCUACUUUCUCACCACCUGACCUGAUUCUGUCUCUUUGCUAUCAUCCCCAUGCAUGGGCAAAAAUGCUGUUGUACACCCAGGACUUUCCAGCCAAAUGAAGCAGAUUUCCCCAUGUUCCCCCAUCCCUUCCGGUUUGUCAUGAGCCGUUGUGGGGUUUUUCCACUGUGUCUCUUGUCCCCUCUCUUGUCUUUCUUUCCCUUCCUCCAAUCUCAUACUUGUAUAAAAUAAUAACAAUUGUAUUCUAAGUAAGGCAUGUAGCACAUUUACCAAUUUCGUGUACUCUGAGAAAAGAAAAAAAUACAAAUUCCUGCCACCAACCUGAAGGCUUCUGGGUGACUUGACCUAAACUGGGGGCGGGACACAACCAUGGGGCAGAUUUCUCCCUAGGUUAAAGCACUGGUGCUUCUGUGCUAUUUGCUCUCUUGAUUGAGAUUAAAGAUGCCCUUGUAUGUUGGCAGUGGAACUACUCUCCACUCUUGUGUUCCAUGUUUUGUUUGAUUUCUUGUUGUGAGACCCAUGGCUGUCCACCUAGAAGCAGGUGAUAGCUGGUGGAGGUGACGACAGGAAACUCACUGGACACUGCAGCUGCAGAUAUUCUCUGUCAAAUACUUAAUUUCCUUGGCGCUACCAGAAACAACUGGCCAUCCUCAGGAGACCUGUGUCGUCUUCAUUCCUGGACAGAAGCUUUUCCAGAGCAAAUUAGCCAAGCGUACUCUGAAGAACACCCUCUUUGCUCCA